AACUUCUGGGGACACUUUGUCUGUAAAACAGAGGAAUGCGAGGAAAAAGAAUGGAUAUCAGCCAUCAUCGCCAGUCGCCUGGUUUUUUCCAGGUCCGAUAAUUCCUACAAGGUCAUACUUCAUGCUCAGAAGUGCAGACAAUGCGAACGCUAUGCCAAACCUAUUGUGGAUCCGGAGGCCUAUGCUCAGCGGGUGGUCUUUGUUUUGGACUUGUGGCUGGGCCUUAGAGAAAGGAUAGAGUCCACUGAAUCUGGACUCAAAACCAGGGGUCCUCAUGAUAUCAAUCGCUGCCAUGGAUGCGCGGUAGGCGAGUGUAAA